CUUGGAUGUCUGAUUUUCUUCCAUGGACAGUGAAGGCAGCAGAAGCCUUGUGCUUUGAGCGUCAACACAACCUUGUGUCUUCAGCGUGCAGACAGACCUGAGGACUGUGGAGUUCUCUCUGUAGGUGUCAGCCAUGUGGCGUUGGUACUUCCUGAUGUUGUUGACUGGGCAUGUAGGCCCAAUCACAGGGUACAGUGACGGGGAAGUGAGUGUUGCCUGUGGAGACAUGGUUCCUCAGCAUGGACAUGAGCCCAGCCCAGACCCUCCUCCAUACAACAUCACUGUGGAUAAGUCCACGUACAGUCCAGGCGACAACAUCACAGUGUAUUUACAAGUGGCCUCCUCCUACCGCACAUUCUUCAAGGGGUUCCUGAUUGAAGCUCGGGAUGCUGGGAAAUUGACCUCUUCAGCAGUGGGGUCCUUCAUCCUGACCGACCCACUGGAGUCCCAGCUGCUACUGUGUGGUCACACUCAGGGAUCUGGGGUGAGCCACAGGACAAGCACAAAGAAGACUCACGUUCAGGCUGUGUGGGUAGCUCCACAGGACCCUCCACAAAGAGUCCGUUUUCUUGUGACAGUGGUGCAUGAAUAUAAGGUGUACUGGGUGAGAAUUCCAGGUCCUGUGGUGUCUCUCAGAGGAGCGACCGCCGCUCCACCCACUGCUGUUCGUGCUCCAACCACCAGCCCCAGAGCCACAGCAGCCCUGUCCACACCGUUUAGUUCAGUGGGGUGUAGCCACAAUAAAUCCUGUCUCAGAGACCCAGCGGGCUGUCACCCAGACUCCGAUCCCCACUGCUUCUUCCUGUCCUUCAUCACCGACCAAGAAGAAUCCAGUGUGAUGUUUGAACUUAGUGGGCCUGCUGAAGGUUACGUGUCCUUCGCCCUGUCUCUGGACAAAUGGAUGGGGAACGAUGAUGUCUAUCUGUGUGUGAACGAUGGAGGCAGCGUUACCAUCAGUGCUGCACAUGUCACUGGACGAACACACCCUGAACUGGAAACACAGGAGGAUCUGUGGGGUCAGGCCUGGAGGGUGGCUGAUGGGGUCAUUCAGUGUCGUUUCCAGAGAAACAUCCUCCUACCUCGGCUGGAGAACAGGUUCAGCUUUAACCACAGCUACUUCCUGUUUCUUGCACAUGGUAGAUCUCAGCAGGGUUUAAUCCACAGACAUGAUCAGCAGCCUCUCAUUUCCACCACUCAGAAGAGGAUCACGGGACAUCCAGAAGAUCUCUGUGGCUCCCGCUCCCCCCUGCUAAUCAAGUUUCAUGGUGUGUUGAUGCUGACUGCUUGGAUGUGGACGGUGAGCACGGCCGUUUUCAUUGCUCGCCACUACAAACACUUGUGGCCUGACACAACUCUGCUGGGACAAAGCCUGUGGUUUCAGCUCCAUCGAACCAUGAUGGUCUUGGCUGUAGUCCUAACUGGUGUGGCCUUCAGCCUGCCUUUCAUAUAUAGAAGGGGAUGGAGCAAGCGUGCAGGCUCACACCCUUACAUCGGCUGCACUGUCAUGGCUCUGUCUGUCAUCCAGCCAAUUAUGGCAAUUUUCAGGCCGGCCCCAGAAUCCCCCAGGAGGUUCAUCUUCAGCUGGAUGCACUUUGCAGCAGGAACCGUUUGCCAGAUACUCGCUGCGGCGUGUGUGUUCCUGGGUGUUGCUCAGCAGGCGCUGUUGUUACCCAGCCCCUGGUCUCCUGCAGUGCUGAUUGGAUGGCUGCUGUGGAUUGUGCUGGCAGACCUGCUUCUGUUAAUCCACUCCUACACACUCAGAAGUCGAGGAAACAGGAACAGUGACGACAAAGAGAACAUUUUGUUUGCUCAGUCAGAGAGGCAGCAGCAUGGAGAGAUUUCCAAAGUCAAGAGGGUGGUGUUACUGGUGUUCCUAACAGGAAAUACAGGCUUUCUGGCUGCAUUUAUAAAAGCUAUUAUAAGUGUGUAAUUAUCACAAAUGAUCAUUUAAUCAAAUGUUUGAAAUGUUUAUAUUUCUGUUACUUCUUUCACUCAUUAUGUUACUUUUAGAGCAUCAUACUUUUUCAGCCCUAGUGUAUCAUACUAUAGUGUCUAUGCAGUGUAUGGAGAUCUGCUCUAAUGUAGUUAAGAUGGUUUGUGCAAUGGGUUGUAUUAGCCCAGUUAAUUCUGUUUCUGUUUCUAGUUUCAGAAAACUCUUAUUUUGUACCAUCGUCCAUCAAUCCUAUCACUCAUCUAUCACCAAUAUCAGGUCAAACCUUCGGGACACAUUUGUGAUAAAUGAUGAUCAUAAUCAUGAUAAAAAUACACUAGUACUAGCUAUGAAUGUUCUUGAUCCCAGAGGAUCUAAGAGGAAAGUUUCUCUCUGCUGCCAACUCAGGCUAAAAUGCCAUCAGGCAGACCAUGUUCAUGCAUCAAAAACAAAAAAAGCUCACACACAAUCUUUAAACAUCUUUUAUUGUUGCACGCACUAAUCUCUUAAAUACUUGCAUGAUAAGUACAAGGUGAAAAGCCCCUAUGGCAUUUAGUCAUAAAGAGCCAAAUAAAGCACCAGAAGCUUUUCACGGUGUUUGAACAUCAGCAAGCAAUCCUUGAGAUUUGUAAGCUAUACUUUAACAAUGAAGCAUACAAACAUGAAAUUUCAAACAUUGCUGUAAGGUCAAGAAAGUACCAAGCUCUUUAGAAGCUGCUUUUCAGAGUAGCUGGAAAUAUCACUGCUUUGUAAAUAAUGAGAAACAUUUGGUUAUUGAAAUCUUAUAUUUAUUUAUUAUUA